GAACUUGUGAACUGUGAGAUGAUGACCUGAACCGAAGUCAGAGUCAGUUCCAUUUCUGUAAAUACUAGUGUCUAGUCAUAUAGUAGUCAUGAGUUCAAUAUUAAUUCUGUGGUGAGACUUCUAAAUGGACAUUACUAGUAUCACCAGUAUUUUUAGUCUUCUCCCCUUUUUGCCUUUGGGCAAGCUUUGCUAUUCUGGCCAAUAGACUGUGUCUGGAGAUGAUAUGGCUACUUCCAGGCCAGUAUAGUUAUGAACAGUUACACAGUUGUCCCUAGUCUUUCCUACUACUAGAGUAAACCCUGAAGCAUCAUGUUGACGUGGAGACAACACAAUAUCAAAGCAGCCUGGAAUACUGAGCCAAUAUGUGGAGGACAGCUGCCCUGGAGAGCCCUCUGAAUCCACAUUGGACUUUGUGUGAAUGAAAAAAUCAACUUUUUUGUGUGAAGAUUGGAUAACCAAGAAAUGCCUAAUCAAGACUCUGCUGUGCAUGUGAAAAUGAUGCCAGAAUUCCAGAGAAGUUCAGUUCGAAUCAAGAACCCGGCAAGAGUAGAAGAAAUUAUCUGCGGUCUUAUUAAGGGAGGAGCUGCCAAACUUCAGAUAAUAACAGACUUUGAUAUGACACUGAGUAGAUUUUCCUACGAAGGCAAAAGAUGCCCAACAUGUCAUUAUGUCAUUGACAACAGUAAGCUGGUUACAGAUGAAUGUCGGAAAAAGUUAAUGCAACUAAAGGAAAAAUAUUAUGCUAUUGAAAUUGAUCCUGUUCUUACCAUGGAAGAGAAGUACCCCUAUAUGGUAGAAUGGUAUACUAAAGCACAUGGCUUGCUUAUUGAACAGGCUUUACCAAAAGCUAAACUUAAAGAAAUCGUGGCAGAAUCUGAUGUUAUGCUCAAGGAAGGGUAUGAGAAUUUCUUUGAUAAGCUCCAACAAUACGGUAUCCCUGUGUUCAUAUUUUCGGCUGGUAUCGGUGAUAUACUAGAGGAGGUGAUCCAUCAAGCUGGCGUUUAUCACCCAAACAUCACAGUAGUGUCCAACUUCAUGGAUUUUGAUGACAAUGGGGUGCUCAAAGGAUUUAAAGGCGAACUAAUUCAUGUAUUUAACAAACAUGAUGGUGCCUUGAAGAACACAGAAUAUUUCAAUCGGCUAAAAGAUAAUAGCAAUAUAAUUCUGCUGGGAGAUUCCCAAGGAGAUAUAAGAAUGGCAGAUGGAGUAGCCAAUGUUGAACACAUCCUGAAAAUUGGAUAUCUAAAUGAUAGAGUGGAUGAGCUUUUAGAAAAGUACAUGGACUCUUACGAUAUUGUUCUAGUAAAAGACGAAUCACUGGACGUAGCCAACUCUAUCUUACAGAAGAUUCUAUAAACAAGCAUUCUUCAAGAAGACCUCUGUGCUGUGGGUGCGAUUGAUGCAGGAACUGCUCACCUGUUCAUCUUGCUGAAAGACUUCUAUUUAUAAUACAUUCUUGCUCUUGAAGUUUUUUCUCUACGUUACUGAGGUAUUUUCAGACAUAUUGAAUCCAUCAACUGGAAACUCCUUUUUUCCUCACCUCUCUCAACACACUCCUCAACUAUAUUUUUUAACAGUUAAAAAAAAAAAAAAAAAAAAAACAGCCUUAAAGGUAAAAUUUGAAAAAUAACUCCAUGAAUUAAUUUCCAGAGUGAAUUUUGUAGUUUAAUGUUAUCAUGAGGUUUUUGAGGAAACUUUUUACUCUGGGAAAAAAGUCUGUAUAAGUUUAAAAAGAAGUUUUAUGAAAUGGUGAAAUAAUGUGCAUGAUUUUAAGUGUUGCUGUUUUUGUCAUGUGGGUGAAUUAUGCUGAUGAUAUCACCAUCUCCUGAAAUUGUAUUAUGUUUGGUUAUUUUGUUCUUGAAAGUCAGUAUUUAUCAGAAAAUAAUGGCACUUGGUGUUUGAAAAACCAUUGGUAUCCACAUAUCACUAAUCAUUACAAAAUGUUCUAUAUUGAUGCACUGAUAAUACACAUGAAGUGAAAAGCCUUUUAAAUUGUACUGUCAAGACCAUUGUUGUUCAUUUAUUCAACAAAUAUUUAUUAAGCUC